CUUUGCAGUCUCAAAAAAGAAGCACGACUGUUUCUCCAAACCACAAGGACUCACCAGGGUUUCCAAAGGUUUAUCGACAAAUUCUGCCAUAAAAAACGCGAUAUUUUCUACCCUCAUCAUCUGAAAGCUUUAACGGUCUACAGUCGUGUCAAUGCAAAGCAAAGCCCAUGGCCCAUCCAUCAGUAUAUGAGAGACAAAGUGCUCACUCAUUCCAGCAAAGCCUUCAAAUGCCAGAGACAUACGCACCUAUUUCAACAGUACAAGGAAUGAGUACUAGGGACAAGAAGCCAAGGCUGUCACGGCUUGAGCUCAUGAAACAGAACUAUGAAAAGAAAAGGCAGAAGGAUGUACAGGAGAAGCUCACAGAGAUAAGAGCUCAACGGGCAAGGGCUGAUUCUGGGAAGGAUCACAGUGGUGGGACAGUGAGAGCUUUCUUUGCUGAAAGGCGAGCGAUGGAAGCAUCUAAGAGAGGCCAGCAAGAUCCUUCUAGUUUACCACCAAUUGGAACACAUUUCAAAAAGAUGAAAAGUAAUAAUCAAGGACCAGUUGUCCCAAGGUCUUCACAAAAAAAGGAAAAUAAACCUGUUAUACCUGCAGAAAAUGUUACUGCAAUUCAUGGUGUUCACUCAACUGGAAAUAGAGGCAUGGUUAAAUAUUAUCRUAAGAAGAGCAAAGGGGUAGACAAGCAGAAUCCUCUCCCUCCAUUACAAAGAAGGCCCUCUAAUCCUAGUAAUCACAAGCCUCCAACACCUAACAGACGGUAUGAGACACAAAACACUUUGAAAUCAGAAGACGAGGCUUUUAUCUUAAAUCAUUCAAAUGUUGAACAAGAAAAUAUCGUCGCUGACAAAGAUAUGGUUUAUGUACCCCGCCCACCCAAAAAUCCAAAACCUUCCAAGACAAAUGCAAGGGCAGCAAAACCUGUGCUUGUUGAUGAUAAUGAGGAAAGAGCUGAUGAGGAAGAUAAUGAUGGGUGGAGCCUAUAUUCUGACGAGCCCCAACCUAAUCUGUCCAAGGUGAAAGCUCUGAGAAUGAAGAGAUUGAGCCAAAAGAAGCUUAGCGUUGGGAAUUCAAAGCCAGAAAAACCAACAGAGUUCCAAAAAUGGCAAAUGCAACAAGAUGAAGAACGAAGAGAAAGGUUAGAAAAUCAUAGAAAACAGAAUCAACAUAUAGAUGAUAGUGAUAAUGAGCAGAAAGCUACAUUAUCAAUGAGGGAAAGAGAGCUUUUAGAAAAAAUAAAAGCUGAACAGGACAAGUUGAGUCAUAUUAAAAGAAUGCAACAGGAAUUAGAAGAACAAGAGAAACUUGAACGGGAAAAUACCAUUACGCCUCAAAUACCAAAUGAAAACAAAAGAAAAAUGGCAGUUAAAGAAGAAAAAAGCUUUCAAUAUGCCCAAAAACGAAUUGAUAAAACUCCUACACCAGUUAAGAAGGUGUCGCCAGUAAUUCCUGCACAGGAAGAAACCCAGCUGCAGUUUCCUGAGGCACCAAAAAAGAGUAAACCAAAACCAAAACCACAAAUUAUCCAGCAAGAACAAGAUUCUGAUGAGCAUGAACUGGAACCGAAAGACAAUUUUGUUCAUUUUUAUGAACAAGCUGGAGAGGAAGCUGAACAGGUUGAGGUUGAUUUAACUCCUUGUUCUAUCUGUGGGAGAAAUUUUGCAACUGAGCGGCUUUCAAAGCAUCAAGUUGUCUGCCGGAAAAACUCCAAUAAGAUGAGAAAAAAGUUUGACACCAGGAAACAAAGAGUUGCUGGAAUGGAACAUGAAAAUUAUGUCCUCAGUGGAAAAUAUAAGGAAGAAACUCCAAAGGCAAAGAAAGCGGACUGGAGAGUUCAACAUGAAAAUUUCGUGAAGACAAUUCGUUAUGCCAAGGGAGCCAGUAGCGAACCUCCACCUGUCAUAGAAAACCCUCAUUAUGUUGCAUGUCCUUACUGUGAGAGAAAAUUCAACCCUGAAACUGCAGAGAGACACAUACCAAGAUGUAAAGACAUUAAGGCCAGACCAGCGCCACCUCCCAAAAAAGACAGACACAGAAAAAAGAGAUAGUUUUUUUAUACACUAAAUAAGG